UCAAACAGCUGAUGAAGGGCAAUGUGAUGUUCUAUGAGGAGGACCUGAUUGAGAGCUGCAUAGACGUUACUGACGCCUCAGUGUAUUCUGGGAUUUGCACUGAGAUCUUUAAGGAGGAAUCUGUGAUUCAUCAGAGGAAAGUCUACAGCUUCAUUCAUCUGAGCUUUCAGGAGUUUCUCGCUGCUUUCCAUGUUAUUCACUACCAUCUUUGUACUACAAUGAAAGCACUACAGUUUAUUACACUACAUCAUAUGUUUAAAGCAGCAAUAUAUACAGCUCUACAAAGUAAAAAUGGAGAGCUGGAUCUGUUCCUGCGGUUCCUGCUGGGAGUCUCACUGGAGUCCAAUCAGAGACUCUUACAGGAUCUACUGACACACACAGAGAACAGCUCAGAGAGCAUCAGGAGAACCACACAGUACAUUAAAGAGAAGAUCAGAGAUGGACAUGGACUCUCUUCUGAAAGAUCCAUCAAUCUGUUCCUCUGUCUGCUGGAAGUGAAAGAUCAGACUCUGUCCAGAGAGAUUCAGGAGUUUGUGAAAUCAGACAAACACUCAGAGAAACUCUCUGCUGCUCACUGCUCAACAAUCUCCUACAUGUUUCAGAUGUCAGAGGAGCUGCUGGAUGAGUUUGAGCUCAAGAAAUACAACACAUCAGAUGAGGGGAGAAGAAGACUGAUACCAGCUUUGAUCAACUGCAGAAAAGCUCUAUUGUCCAGCUGUAAUCUCACUAGUCAGUCAUGCAAAAUUGUGGCUUCAGCUCUACAAUCCUCAAACUGUGCCCUGAGAGAGCUGGAUCUGAGUAACAAUGACCUGCGGGAUUCAGGAGUGAAGCUGCUCUCUGAUGGACUGAAGAGUCCAAACUGUCAGCUGGAGAUACUGAGGUUGUCUGGCUGUAUGGUGACAGAGGAAGGCUGUGGUUAUUUGUCUUCAGCUCUGAGUUCAAACCCCUCACACCUGAGAGAGCUGGAUCUGAGCUACAAUCACCCAGGACACUCAGGAGUCCAGCUGCUCAAACACAAACUGCAGGAUCCAAACUAUAAACUGCAGAUACUCAAUUUGGAUGAUGGAGGACAUUUCAGGAUUGUUCCAGGACUGAAAAAAUAUGCCUUUGAUCUCACACUGGAUCCGAACACGGCACACACUCGUCUCAUUGUCUUUGAAGGGAACAAAAAAACGACAUGUGUUAAAGAGCAUCAGCCGCAUCCUGAUCAUCCAGAGAGAUUUGAGCGCUUUGAGCAGGUUCUGUGUGUUGAGAGACUGACUGGACGCUGUUACUGGGAGGUUGAAUGGAGCGGCUGGAGUCAUGUAGCAGUGUCAUAUAAAGGAAUCAACAAGAAAGAAGGGAGUGACAGUCGGUUUGGACUCAAUGAAAAGUCCUGGAAUCUUUACUGUUGUGAAACGAUUUAUUGUGCCUGGCACAAAAAUAAUAACAUUAACAUUCCUCCCUCGUCACCCCUGUCUAAUAGAGCAGGAGUGUAUGUGGACGUGUCGGCCGGCUCUCUGUCCUUCUUCAGCGUCUCUGACACACACACACUCACACACUUACACACAUUCAACACCACAUUCACUGAACCCCUCUAUGCUGGAUUUGGACUUUAUAAUGAUUCCUCAGUGUCUCUGUGUCAGAUUUAACAUCAUAUUGCAUAAAAGCAACAGAGAAAUCACACACAGUGGAAUAUUCAAAAGGAAAAAUUAAUUAUUUACAUUUAUUCAUUUAGCAGAUAUAUUUAUCCAAAAUAACUGGAAGUUGAUUUUCCUAAAAGGCUCAAGAGACUAAAUGGAGAUCCUUACUUACAUUUCAUCUUAGUAUCAACAAAAAAAGAAUUUUUCCCUAAAUUCCUUAGGAGAAAUUAAAGUAGACACAAAUGGGACAUAAUAUAGGAAGAGAACAGGAGGAGAAACUCAUGCUGUCGGAGAUGCAGCUGUGCCAUAUGUAGCAAUGGAGGCAAAUGUCUCUAGAUGAGGAGAAAAAUCAGAGCACAGUGUGGGAUGUUGUAGAGGUCUUUUUUGUAACUUAAUAGGAGACAUGAGAGGGUAUUAAGGGUAUUUU